CCCGAGCCCCGGGCGGGCUAUGCGGAUUGCGCCGCCGGGGCCGGCCCCCGGGAUCAGCGACGCCCGGCCCGCGGCCCCGACCACCAGCGGGGACUAUGACCCGGAAGGCGCGACGCUGCCUGGGCCACCUCUUCCUCAGCCUGGGCAUGGUCUACCUCCGGAUCGGCGGCUUCUCCUCGGUGGUAGCUCUGGGCGCAAGCAUCAUCUGUAACAAGAUCCCGGGCCUGGCUCCCAGACAGCGGGCGAUCUGCCAGAGCCGGCCCGACGCCAUCAUCGUGAUAGGAGAAGGCUCACAAAUGGGCCUGGACGAGUGUCAGUUUCAGUUCCGAAACGGCCGCUGGAACUGCUCCGCGCUGGGGGAGCGCACCGUCUUCGGCAAGGAGCUCAAAGUGGGGAGCCGGGAGGCUGCCUUCACCUACGCUAUCAUCGCCGCAGGCGUGGCCCAUGCCAUCACCGCCGCCUGCACGCAGGGCAACCUGAGCGACUGCGGCUGUGACAAAGAGAAGCAAGGCCAGUACCAUCGGGACGAGGGCUGGAAGUGGGGUGGCUGCUCUGCCGACAUCCGCUACGGCAUCGGCUUCGCCAAGGUCUUUGUGGAUGCGCGUGAGAUCAAGCAGAAUGCCCGGACUCUCAUGAACUUACACAAUAACGAGGCAGGCCGCAAGAUCCUGGAGGAGAAUAUGAAGCUGGAGUGUAAGUGCCACGGUGUGUCGGGCUCAUGCACCACCAAGACAUGCUGGACCACGCUGCCGCAGUUCCGGGAGCUGGGCUACGUGCUCAAGGACAAGUACAACGAGGCUGUCCAUGUGGAGCCUGUGCGCGCUAGCCGCAACAAACGGCCCACCUUCCUGAAGAUCAAGAAGCCCCUGUCCUACCGCAAGCCCAUGGACACAGACCUGGUGUACAUCGAGAAGUCACCCAACUACUGCGAGGAGGACCCAGUGACGGGUAGUGUGGGCACACAGGGCCGAGCCUGCAACAAGACGGCACCCCAGGCCAGCGGCUGCGACCUCAUGUGCUGCGGCCGAGGCUACAACACCCACCAGUAUGCCCGCGUGUGGCAGUGCAACUGCAAGUUCCACUGGUGCUGCUACGUCAAGUGCAACACGUGCAGCGAGCGCACGGAGAUGUACACGUGCAAGUGAGCCGGGCAGCCCGAGCCCCAGCUGCAGAGCAGUGCAGGUAGGUUCAGACAGCUUCCACGCUGCCCUAGCCUUCCGGAUCACUGCCUUGAUCUUCACAGGGAGCCACAGAAACACUGAGCUUGUCUUUCCUGCUGAGGAGGGCCCUGUUUCCAGCUUCUAGUUUCUGGCUUCCGGCUUCCGGUUUUUGGCUUCCGGUUUCCGGCAGACCCUGUGGGAAGAAGCCCUUGGGCCUUCGCCUGUUCAGUUCCGUGUCCAGUGCUGCUCCUCCUCCCCGAUACCGCCCACGUCUCUGCACGGCUGGAAGGAAGCCUUUCGCUGGAACUCCGGGCCCUCGGGCCUCAUCAUAGCAAUAUUUAACAAUUUAUUCUGAUAAAAAAUAAUAUUAAUUUAUUUAAUUAAAAAGAAUCCUUCCACCUCUUCGGGAUCCGUUUUCUGCAAUCGAAGUGGACUUGUGCUUUGCUGGCAGGAUGAUUUGUGUCAGUAGAACCUGGAGCCAAGUAGAACUGUAGAUAGUUAUUCUUCAUGCAGAUGUGUCUACUAGUUGAUUUUGCAGGUAUCUUCCCUCUGCAGCACUAGAGGUUUAAGUACAACGAGCAGACAUCCUUUACACUUUAUACCCACAGAUACACACACACACACACACACACACACUUAUUUUUUUGCUGUUUGCUGCUACUUAUCCAGAAAUGUAAGUGGUCCACAUUUGGAGACAUUUUUUUGCAGAAUACAUUUCCCAAUCUUCUGCCCUCCCAAGUUCAAACAUUGCCAUUAGAACAAAAUCUAGUUUGGAAUAUACAGAGAGAAAGGAAUAAUAAUAAACUCCCACCUGUUUUCAUCAUUUGGAAAGUAAGCCACUGGAUAAGAGAGAAUAUUUUGUAAAAGACUAUUUUUAUAAGAAAAUUUUAUUUAUAUGGAGUCUGCUGUAUCAUCCCACAGCCUGUGUGUCUUCUUAUUGGGGUCAGGAGGGGCAUGGCCGAGGCCUGUGGGCAGGUCCCACGGGGACCCUCACACAUCUGGGUUCUGGAGUUCUGUUUGCCAAGGGGGGCUAGACCAGCCCCCAAGUGCCCAGGGCUGGGGCAUCAUCUGUGUGGACUGGAAAGAAACCCAAUCCCUGCUUCCACGUAUAAAGCUAAGGGCUUUGGGCAGUAUCACUGAGGAGGACCUUGGGGUGAGUCAUUCGGGCAAGUAAGCCAGUGCCCUCCACACUGUGUGACCAUCACGGGGACUCGUCCAUCAUCAUCAGGUAGAGGCCAGCUCAGGGCCUCUGUAUCUCACUAGGACAGCCCUGCCACUGCCUGUGUCCUCAGAAGAGAAAAGCAGGCAGGGAGUUGCCCACAAGCUGUGCAGCACAGGGGCUUGCAGUCCUAUUGUGGGCAGGACUGGCAGGGAGAGGCGAGGGACAGGCCUCUCCUCUUUGGCCUGGCCACACCCAGUGCCUUUCAACCUGGAAAGCUGUCCUCAGGAGGCUGUGGGUGCCAGCAGCUACCAUCCUAUCUGUGGGUUUGGAUCUCUGUGCAGGAGUGCAUGUGUACAUGUCUGUGUGUUUCCCCAUGUGCCCCUGCAAAGGACAGCAGGUCACAUGCAUGGAGCUGUGUGCCUGAGCACUUGCUGGUCCUAGGAGCAUCUCUUGCGGGGAGUAGGGGGGCUGUGAGUGCACAUGAGGUAGGCAACGGGACUUUGGUAAUUGUGGCCAGCCAUCAAGAAAUGGCACCUCUGAACUCUCUCACAUGACCACUUGUGAAAUUCAGAUACCUCUGAGACCACAGCCCCAUGAGCCCUGAGUGCUAAGAGCCCCUGAGCAUCUAGGCUGUGUUUAACCCUUAUGUCAGCACUGGAUCUGGGUCAUUGGCAAAUAAAAGUGGCUGGUUGGCAUUAUUUCCUAAUAUUUCCUUUAUGUGAAUGUGUGGAUGAGUGGGCU